AUGUGUCCACAAUCGGGCACGCUGCCAUUUGGAGAGGAUCUGAACUUCAAGAACAUUGACAGUUCAACUCUCCCGAAGCUGAUGGACCGUCAAGAAACCCCAGAGUCAUCGCCGCGCUCGCAUUUCUCGCGACAAUGCACUCUGGACAGCACUCUGGAAACUACUGAGCCAUCGCCUUUCUCACGACAAUGCACACUGGACUCUUGCUUUGCUGUGCAAGUCGACGUUCUGGUUUCAGUCCCUGAGAGUGCGAGCCGCAUGGCGUUUGAGACGUACAUCCAGCGAGCUGGUUUGGAGGAGGACGCAGUCGUCGCCCUCGACGAGAAGGCCAUCGACAAAAUGGUGGCGUUCUGGGUCAAAACCCUAAGUCAUUGCUGGUUAAUGGAUGGUUCUUCCCCCAAAUAUGGUAUAGAUAAUAGGUUUUGA